CCGGACGUGCAGCUGCUGUUCCAGCUCCGGGCUCCAUAUGCUUGUCAAAGCACGGCUGCACAAAGCGAUGGGAACUUCAGCAGCCGUCUGAAACACAUCAGCGACUGAACCGAACCGCCAGAGACCACCCACCGCGCACCGUGGCGGACAGCUCCGUCCACUCCGGAUAGAAGCCGCCAUGGACCCGAGAGACACAGCCCCGGAUUCGUGGGAGCUGGAGGAGGAUGCCGAGGCCCCGGCUGCCGCGGCGGGGCUCCCGGCCGCCUUCGCCGCCCUCAACGUCAACGCCAAGCCGUUCGUCCCCAACGUGAACGCCCCGGUGUUCGUGCCCAGCUUCCUCCAGGCCAGCGCCGCGGAGAUACCGGCCCCGGACGGUGCUCCUGAACCAGUGUCCAGCAUGGAGGUGGCAGAAACAGUCGCUCCGGUGGAGAACGGAGGCACGGAGGCGGACAUGACCACGGAGGAGGAGACGUGGGAGCAGAAGGAGGAGCCCGGGGGAGGCGAGGGAGGCGGAGGACAGGAGGACCUCGGGAUGGGAGGAUCCUGCGGGGAGGAGGAGGAGGGCGCCGCCAGUAAAGAGGAUGAGGAGAUGAUGGAGGAGGAAGAGGAGGAGAUGCCCAUGCCCAAAGUGGCUCCGGCGCCGCCGGACGCCCCCAAAAAGGAGCACGUGAACGUGGUCUUCAUCGGACACGUCGACGCCGGGAAAUCAACGAUUGGAGGACAGAUAAUGUAUUUAACUGGAAUGGUGGACAAACGAACCCUGGAAAAAUAUGAACGAGAAGCAAAAGAGAAGAACAGGGAGACAUGGUACCUCUCAUGGGCUCUGGACACUAACCAGGAAGAGCGAGACAAAGGCAAGACGGUGGAGGUCGGCAGAGCUUACUUUGAGACCGAGAAGAAACAUUUCACCAUCCUGGAUGCCCCCGGACACAAGAGCUUCGUCCCAAACAUGAUCGGAGGAGCGUCACAAGCCGACCUGGCUGUCCUGGUGAUUUCAGCAAGAAAGGGCGAGUUUGAGACGGGAUUUGAGAAGGGCGGCCAGACGCGGGAACACGCCAUGCUGGCUAAAACUGCAGGAGUGAAGCAUCUCAUUGUCCUGAUCAACAAGAUGGAUGAUCCCACUGUCAACUGGAGCCUAGAAAGGUAUGAGGAAUGUAAGGAGAAGCUGGUGCCAUUUCUAAAGAAGGUCGGCUUCAACCCUAAGAAGGACAUCCACUUUAUGCCUUGCUCCGGACUCACAGGUGCCAACCUCAAGGACCCCGUACCCGAAUGCCCCUGGUACACGGGUUUGCCAUUUAGCCAUUUGGAUAGUUUGCCAAACUUCACCAGAUCCAGUGACGGACCUGUCAGACUACCCAUCGUAGACAAGUACAAGGAUAUGGGCACAGUGAUCCUCGGGAAGCUGGAGUCUGGAUGCAUCAGUAAAGCCCAGCAGCUGGUCAUGAUGCCGAACAGGCACACAGUGGAGGUCCUGAGCCUGCUGAGUGACGACGUGGAGACAGACGACGCCGGGCCAGGAGAGAACCUGAAACUGAGGCUGAAGGGCAUAGAGGAGGAGGAAAUCCUCCCUGGGUUCAUCCUCUGCAGCCCCGACAACCUCUGCCACUCCGGCCGCACCUUUGAUGCACAGAUCGUCAUCAUAGAGCACAAGUCAAUCAUCUGUCCUGGUUACAAUGCAGUGCUUCACAUCCACACCUGCAUCGAAGAAGUGCAAAUCACAGCCUUAAUCUGUCUGGUGGACAAGAAGACGGGGGAGAAGAGCAAAACACGGCCGCGCUUCGUCAAGCAGGACCAGGUCUGCAUCGCCCGGCUCCGGGCUGCAGGAGUCAUCUGCUUAGAGACUUUCAAAGACUUCCCUCAGAUGGGACGAUUCACGCUGCGGGAUGAAGGUAAAACUAUCGCCAUUGGCAAAGUGCUGAAGCUGGUGCCAGAAAAGGACUAAAUGCAAGAGCGGCAGCAUGCAUGGAGUUCUUCCACUCGUCCCCGGAGGAGAAACGCUGCUAAGAGCCGACCCAAACAGCUACUCUCUCUUUACACACAACUAUGCUGAAGGGAAGAACAAGAAGGAGGGGAGAAUGAGAAUAAAAUCACAACAAAUGAAGAAAACAAGACUGAAUCAGUUUUUAUAACGAACAAUACGAAGUGAGAGACCAAGUCCAGUGUGUCAGCUUUCUCAUAUUGAGAGCUCAGCUAUGCCACUAAUGUAGCUACAUGUACCCCCUUCUGUACUCCCAGGGCUAACCGCGCCGUCGGCUCGCCACGCCAUUUGUUUUUAGAAUGGAGAAGGAUGCAGUAUA